AGACGCACACAGAGAUUUAGUUUAGAGUGUUUUUCUUUCUGUUAACUAUUCUCAUCUUAAAUAGGACGAAGUGUUCAUAAACAGAGGAAAAACUCCUGGUGAAGCGACUGAGAUCAACGUGACACACUAUUAUAAAGAUGGCGUUUAUUAAAGAGGAGAGUGAAGACUUCAAGAUUGAAGAAACCUUCAGUGUGAAACAAGAAGAAACUGAGGAACACACAGACCUGAUGGCAUUGAAAGAGGAGAGUCAAGAUCUGAAUGAAAGGGAAGAGAAAGAUCAGUAUGAGACACAUGAUUUCAUAACGGAAGAAAAACCUUUUAGUUGCUCACAGACUGAAAAAACUUCCUCACAAAAAAGGGCUCUAAAGACUGAAAGUUAUCUCACCUGCCGACAAUGUGGAAUAACUUUCAGUCAACAAGGAAACCUUAGAGUCCACAUGAGAAUUCACACAGGAGAGAAGCCUUACACCUGCCAACAGUGUGGAAAGAGUUUCAGUGUACAAGGAAACUUUCAAGUCCACAUGAGAAUUCACACUGGAGAAAGCCCUUACACCUGCAAACAGUGUGGCAUUAGUUUUAGACAAAAAGGAAGCCUUGACGUCCACAUGAGAAUUCACACUGGAAAGAAGCCUUUUACAUGCCAACAUUGUGGAAUAAGUUUCAGUCAAAAAGCAAACUUUAAUAAGCACAUCAGAAUUCACACUGGAGAGAAGCCUUUCACAUGUCAACAGUGUGGAAUAAGUUUCACUCAAAAAGAAAGCCUUAAAAAUCACAUGAGAAUUCACACUGGGGAGAAGCCUUUCACAUGUCAACAGUGUGGAAAGAGUUUCAGUAUACAAGGAAACCUUAAAGUCCACAUGAGAAUUCACACUGGAGAGAGCCCUUACACCUGCCAACAGUGUGGAAAGAGUUUCUCUCAAAAAGUACAGCUGAACAGUCACAUGAGAAAUCAUUCUGGAGAGAAGCCUUUAACAUGCCAACAGUGUGGAAAGAGUUUCAAACUACAUGGAAACCUUAGAGUCCACAUGAGAAGUCACACUGUAGAGAGCCCUUUCACCUGCCAACAGUGUGGAAAGAGUUUCGAACUACGUGGAAACCUUAGAGUGCACAUGAGAAGUCACACUGUAGAGAGCCCUUUCACCUGCCAACAGUGUGGAGUAGGUUUCAAACAAAAAAGAAGCCUUGACAGGCACAUGAUAACUCACACUGGAGAGAGCCCUUUCACCUGCCAACAGUGUGGAAAGAGUUUCAACCGAAAAGGAAUCCUUAAUGACCACAUGAGAAUUCACACGGCCCUCAACACUGAUUAUGAUUAGGUCUUCCACAGUGUUUAGCAUGCAAACUUGCCCAAACAUCUGACUUUAUUCUCCACACACUUGAACGUC